AUGGAAAGGGGGUGGGGAGGGGGCGGAGCUAUAGUGGACGGGGAUGGAGGCGUGGGCGGGGCUUCGGUGGACGGGGCGGAGUUCGAGCAGGGCAGGAUCCGCGAGCUGCAGGAGCAGCGGAUGGCGGUGCAGAAGAAGACCUACACCAAGUGGAUGAACAACGUCUUCGCCAAGAACGGGGAGAAGGCGGAGCUGAGGGAUGUGUACACAGAGCUGAAGAGCGGGCUCCAUCUUGUGCGGCUGCUGGAGCUGAUCUCCGGGGAGCAGCUGUCCCCGCCCAGCCGGCGCACGUUGCGGGUGCACUGCCUGGAGAACAACAGCAUCGCCAUCCGCUUCCUCAAGACCAAGAUACGAGUGGACCUGAUUGGCCCAGAGAACGUGGUGGACGGAGACAGAACCCUGAUCCUGGGCCUGCUCUGGAUCAUCAUCCUGCGCUUCCAGAUCGGCUCCAUCAGUCUGGAGGAGGCAGAUGGCAGUGCUAGUGCUGCUCGGCGCUCGGCUAAAGAAGCUCUGCUGAUCUGGGUUCAGCGGAAGACGGCGGGCUACGCUCACGUGGACGUGCAGGACUUCUCUGGGAGCUGGAGGGACGGUCUGGCCUUCAACGCUCUGAUCCACGCCCACCGGCCGGACCUGUUUGAUUACGGGCGUCUCCAGCAGGGGGCGCCGCUGCAGAACCUGGAGCACGCGUUCGGGCUGGCCGAGCGGGAGCUGGGCAUCCUGCGUCUGCUGGACGUGGAAGACGUGGCCGUCGCCCAUCCUGACGAGAAAUCCAUCAUGACCUACGUCUCCCUCUACUACCACUACUUCUCCCGCGCCAAGCACGAGCUCACCCUGCAGAAGAGGGUCGCCAAGAUCCUGGGCAUGGUGAAGGAGACGGAGGACCUGAAGGAGCUGUACGAGCGGAUGGUGUCGGACCUGCCGCUGAUCAAGGCCAAGGUGGUGGAGCUGAACGACCGGCUGUUCCCCAACUCGCUGCCGGACAUGCAGCGCCUGCUGGCGGCCUUCACGGCGUACCGCACGGAGGAGAAGCCGCCCAAGUACCAGGCGCGCGGGGCGCUGGAGGCGCACCUGUUCGCGGUGCGUACGCGUCUGCGGGCGCAGGACCGGCCGCCCUACGCCCCGCGGGAGGGCCGGGCGCUGGCGGACGUGGAGCGGCACUGGGAGGCGCUGGAGCGGGCGGAGCACGCGCGGGAGAGAGCCCUGCAGGGGGCGCUGCUGCGGCUGGAGGGGCUGGAGCGGCUGGCUCAGAGGUUCGGCCGCAAGGCGGCGCCGGAGGCGUACCUGCAGGAGACUGCGCAGACGCUGCGCAGGCAGGACGUGCGGGCUGCGCAGACGCUGGCCGAGGCCCAGGCCGCCGCCCGCAGGCUGGAGGCGCUGGCGGCCGACGUGCACGCCCGGGAGCCGCGGCUCCGCGCCCUCAGCGACAUGGCCGCCGUCAUCGAGCGCGAGGACUACCACAGCAAGGGCCAGGUGACCCGCAGGCGGGAGAACAUCACUCAGCGCUGGACGGACCUGCUCCAGCAGCUGCAGAACCAGAGCCAGGCCAUAGGGGGCGUCGUGAAUACACUGAGCGUGCUCAGAGAUGUGGAGCUGCUGUCCAGCAACCUGGAGGAGCUGCAGGUGCUGGUGGGCUCUGAGGAUCAUGGGAAGCAGCUGCAGGAUGUGCAGGCUCUGCUGCAGAAGCAGGAUCUGGUGGAGGCCCAGAUCUCCUCCCAGGGCGAGACUCUGACCUCCAUCAGCGCCCGGGCCCGAACGGGCCAGCACAGUGACCCCCAGCAGGUCCAGACCCGGGUUCAAGCCCUCAACGCCCAGUACAGCGCCCUCCUGCUGCACAGCAAAACCAGGAGGCGGGGCCUGCAGGAGCAGCUCAGGCUGUUUGAGUUCUUCAGGGACUGUGAGGAAACCGAGGCCUGGAUCUAUGAGACCUGGCAGCUGGUCCGCACGUCCGGCCUGGGCCGAGACCUCAGCCACAUCCUGCUCUCUAUGCAGAGACACAAGGCUUUGGAGGCAGAGGUGCAAUCCCAUGAGCCUUUGUGCCUGGGGGUGGUGAGCAGGGGUCAUGACCUCUGCAGCAGGAAGCACCCCAAUGAGAAGGAGAUCCGCAAGUGGGUGUCGACCCUCCAGAGGCAGUGGCAGCACCUGAAGGAUGAAGUGGCCAAUCGGAAGACCCGGUUGCAGGCCGGGAGCGUCAUCAAACAGUACUUUGCAGACGCGUCGGAGGCAGAGUCCUGGCUCAGCGACCGCAGGCCUCUGCUCAGCAGCGAGGAUCAUGGGAAGGACGAGUCGAGCGCCGACGCCCUGCUGCAGCGCCACCUGCGGCUGGAGAGGGAGCUGAGCGCGUACGCGUCCGAGCUGCAGCGCCUGGGGGAGCAGGCCGAGAGCGCCGCCCUGCAGGCCCCGCUGACCGUGGAACCGCAGGAGAAGCCAAAAGACCGAGACAGUGCCUCCUCUGGUGAGGAGGAGGGGGGGGGGAAGGAGAGAGGAAGGAUGGCGGCUCGGAGAUCGGUGCGCUCACUGCCCAGCCCCGCCCCGCAGGCCAAGAUCCGCUUCAGAUACAGAGGGGAGAAGGGGACCCUGGACCGCGGGGAAAUGGUGGACAUCCUCAGUAAGACUGGAGAUAAGUGGCUGGUGAAGGACAGCAAAGGAAACCAGCAGCUGGUGCCUGCGACCUACAUCACAGAGCUACAGCCCAAAGUGGGGCCACCGUCCCAAACAGUGCUGAAUAACGGGGCCCUGGAGAGCCCCCCCCUGCUGAGCCCCGCCCUGCUGAGCCGGCCCCGCCGGAGUCGGUCCAUGCGCCGCGGUACCACAGAGAUCCCCUCCAGCACCCUGCCCGACCCACAGUACCAGAACCACACCAUCACCUCCACCCAGACCAACCUGCAGAGGGACUACACCCACCUGCAGAGCCUCGCCCAGUCUCGGCGGAGAGCUCUGGAGGAGGCUGUGAAGCUGUACAGGUUCUACAGCAGCUGCCAGGAGUGUGAGUCCUGGAUGGGGGACAAAGAGAGCGAGCUCCAGGCCUUCUGCCCCAACGCUGCCAACGUGGAGGUGAUGCAGGCCAAAUACGAGAGCUUCCUGACACAGCUGGCCAGUGGGCGGGGCCAGCUGGAUAACAUCAGUCAGCUGGGGGCGGAGCUAGUGAAGAGUGGGCACAGCAAGCAGAGAGAGAUCAGAACCAGACUGGAGCAGAUCACACACAGGUGGCAGCGGAUGCAGGUUCUGCGGGAUGAGAAGGCUGAGGAGCUGCUGGGCACGGCGGACGUGCGCUCCUUCCUGCAGGACUGUCAGAACGCCCGCGCUCAGCUGCAGGACAAGCUGGGGCAGCUGGGCGGGGCCGGGGUGGGCGGGGCCAGCGUGACCCAAACCGCCCUACAGGCCGAAGAGCGGGAGCUGGGCGGGGCUCAGCGGGAGAUACACGCCUUGGAGCGCAAGAUCGAGUACCUGAGGAGCAUCGCCAAAAUGAAGCAGGGGCGGAGCCCAGCGGAGGCGGGGGCCAUCAUGGAGGAGGUGCGCGGGCUGGAGCAGCUCCUGGAGCGCGUGAGAAAGGGGGCGGAGCAGAGGCGCACGGGCCUGCAGGAAGCCCAGCGACGACAUCACUUCCUGCAGGAGACUCGGGACCUGCUGCUGUGGGCGGAGUCUGUGCGGGCACGGCUGCAGGGGGAGGAGUCUGCUUCAGACGUAGGCUCCGCCCACAACCUGCUGGUGCAGAACCAGGAGCUGCAGCGGGAGAUCGAGGGGCAGAGAGAGAGGGUGAGGAGCAUGGAGAAGUUGGGUGGCUCGUUGCCUAGCAGCAGGGCGGAGGUGCAGCAGACACUGCGCAGGCUGGCCCAGGAGUGGACGGAGCUGGAUAAGCUGUGGGCCAAUCAGAAGCGUCGGCUGGAGGGGCUGGAGCUGCAGAAAUUUAACCGUGAAGCAGAGCGGCUGGAGGCAGCGCUGUCCGGCCACGAGGCCCGACUCAGGCUCACCGACCUGGGGGUGAGAGGGGCUUUUCCCUCCAGGAUCCAGCAGAGGGUGCUGUCUGUGCAGGAGCGCGCCCGGAGGCUCAGGGAGAGCAGCCAAGCGCGCAGAGCGCAGCUCCUGGCCUCCAAGAAAUACCAGGAGUUUCACCGGGAUGUGGAGGAGAUUGUGCUGUGGAUGGAGGAGAAGUUUAAGAUGGCGGAGGACGAGUCGUACCGCGACCCCACCAACAUCCUGCCCAAACUCAAACGCCACGAAGCCGCGGAGAAGGAGAUGCUGGCCAAUCACGUGCGGCUUGACCGUCUGAAAGAGCUGGCAGAGGAGAUGCAGAGGGAGGGGCAUGUCCAGCACCGCACAGUGAGGGAGGAGUCAGGGCGUGUGCUCCGCAUGUGGGCGGAGCUUCAGAGGAAGAUGGCCGAGAGAGGAGACAAACUGCGGCAGGCGGGACAGCAGGAGCAGCUGAUGGAGCUGCUGCAGGAUGCCAAGGUGAAGAUGGAGGCCAUUCAGAGGCUGCUGAGGGAUGCUGGGAAGGGCCAGGACCUCCAGUCGAGCCGGGGGCUCCUGAAGGAGCACCAGCAGCUGGAGCAGGAGGCGAGGGAGCUCGCGGAGAAGAUGAACGCCAUCGUCACGCGGGCGGAGCACAUGGCCACCAACCACUUCGACUCCCAGCGAAUCCUGAAGGACACAGAGAAGUACCUCAAGCUGUUUGAGUCCCUACAGCGCCCCCUGGAGAGGAGGAGGGCCCUGCUGGAAGCGUCUGUCGCUCUGUUUGGGUUCUUCCACGAUGUGGACCUGGAGCUCUCCUGGAUCUCUGAACAUUACCCGCUGGCCAGUUCCACAAACUCCGGCCAGUCCCUGGCCAGUGCCCUCCACCUGCAGCAGAAACACAAGGAGCUGCAGGCGGAGGUCACCGCCCAUCGCAAGCAUCUGCAGCGUGUGCUGGAGAAGGGGAGGAUCAUGGGAACCUCGGCGCAGGGGCAGGGGGACGAGGUGCGGCAGAGAUCCGCCCACCUGACAGCUGAGUGGGAGGAGCUAGAGGGGGCGUGUGAGGAUAGGGCCGCCCUCCUCAGCCGGGCCGUCACUCGUGAACAGAUCUUAUUGGACGGGGCAGAGCUGGAGGCUCGGCUGUCAGACUUGCUGCCAUUGGCCGGCAGUGAGGACUAUGGCAGGAAUGAACCAACCACCAUCAGCUUCCUCAAGAAACAGCAGGUGCUGGAGGAGCAGGUGGACGCUGUGGGCGUGCAGGUGGAGCAGUUGGGUGGCAGUGUGGAGCAGGCAGCCGGGGUGUGGGGCAGAGACGAGGUGGACUGGCCCUGCAGCCAAAUCAACACCCAGUUCAGCAAACUGCAGCACCUAACCACACUCAGGUCCCAGCGGCUGAAGGAAUCUCUGCGUCUGCAUGAAUUCAGCCGGGAAUCUACAGAGCUGCAGGACUGGAUCUCCCAGCAGGCACUGGUGGCUGCUGCAAAGGAUUAUGGGACAGACCAUGAGCAUGUGAUGGCCCUCCAGGGGAGGUUUGAGGUGUUCCUCAGGCAGCUGGACGUGGGCGGGGACAGAGUGCAGAGCUGCCAGGAGCUGGCCGACGCCCUCAUCCUGCACGGACAUGCCCAGACACGCCUCGUCCAGGAGAAGAUGGAGCAACUCAGAGCGUCCUGGGAGGAGCUGCAGGACCUGGCAGCAGGUCGGCAGGACCGGCUGCAGAAAGCUGUGAAGUACCACAAGUUCCACCGAGACCUGACCGAGGCUCUGGCCCUCAUCCAGGAGCGGUUUAAGAGCGUUCCUGAUGACAUCGCUAAAGACCUGCGGGGGGUGCUGUCUCAGCUCCGCAAACACGAGGCCCUGGAGCAUGAGCUGGCAGGCAAUGAGCAACAGCUGCAGGAGCUGUUGGAUGCUGCAGACUCUGUGCUGGAGCUGUGCUCUCCGGAGCAGGAGGCAGUACUGCAGGACUGGCAGCAGAGGGUGGUAGAGAGCUGGGAGAGCCUGCGCUCCCGGGUGGAGCUGAGGGGCGAUCAGCUGGAGCUCACACGUCGCCGCUACCUCUUCUUCAACACGGUGCAGGAGUACUCCCUGUGGAGUGCCCAGACCCUGAGCGGGAUUCGGGUGGAGGAGUCGACCCGGGACCUCAGCACCAGCAGCCUCCAGCUGGCUCAGCACCAGCAGCUGCAGGCGGAGAUCUCUGCCCGGGAGGAGACGUACCAGCAGGCCCUGCAGCUGGGCCAGGAGCUCCUACAGGAGGACCCCCGCAGCACGGAGGUGCAGGACAGGUUGGCUGCUCUCGAGGAGGAGAAGACUGCACUGUAUGCUCAUUGGAAGCAGAAGCUGGAGUGGUUGCAGGUGACACACCUGGAGCAGGUGUUCUACAGAGAUGCCAACCACCUGGACAAGAUCACCAACUCACAGGAGAUCCUCCUGCGGGGCGGCGAUCUGGGCACCUCGGUGGAUGAAACGGACCUGCUCAUCAAGAGGCACGAGGCCUUUGAGAAGCUUGUCAACUCCCAGGAAGACAAGGUGGGCUCACUGCAGGAGCAGGUGGAGAGACUGGGGGAGCAGGGUUUGAGCAAGGGGAGGAUGGGCCAGGUCCAGGGCAAACUGCGCCUCCUCCUGGAGCGGAGGAACUGCGUCAAGCAGCUGACUGCCAAGCGCAGGGACGAGCUCACCACCUCCCGCCUGCUGUGCGUCUUCAACCGCAACGCUACCGAGGCGGAGGAGUGGAUCUCGGACAGGAUGCAGAAGCUGCAGGAGGACUGCAAGCGAGACCUGAGCGACCUGCAGACCAAGCUGAAGCUGCUGCAGAAGCACCAGGUGUUCGAGGCCGAGAUCCUGGCUCACCACGAGAUCAUCAGCGCCGUGCAGCAGGGGGGGGCGGAGCUGGUGUCGCUGAGACACGCCCGGGGCCAGGAGGUGCGCCGCGGGGCGUCGGCCCUCACGGAGCGCUGGGAGGCGCUGAAGCGGGCGGUGGCCUCCAGGGGGAGGCUCCUGGAGGAUAACCGGGACUUCCUGGAGUUCCUGCAGAGGGUGGAGCAGGUGGAGGCCUGGAUCAGGCAGAAGGAGGUGAUGGUGAACGUGGGGGACAUGGGGGAGGACUAUGAGCACGGCCUGCAGCUGCUCAGGAAGCUCAACGAGUUCCGGGCCACAGGAUCGGGGGAAGUGACAGUGGAUGACGCGCACAUCAAGGCCAUCAACAACAUGGCCGCCCGUUUGGAGAGGCAGAACAGGGAGGAGGUGACUACAGUGAAGCAGAGACGACUGCAGCUCAAUGAGAGGUGGAGCAGUUUCCAUGGCAACCUGAGCAGCUAUAAGAGGAGGCUGGAGGCGGCGCUGGGGGUCCACUCUCUGAUCCGCGACCUGGAGGAGAUCCGCGAGAGGGCCGGAGAAAAGAUGCUGUUGAUGCGGGGGCUGGACUAUGGGCAGGACCUGGAGGCUGUGGAGAAUCUGAUUCGCCGACACGAGGAGACGGAGCGUGAGGUCCGGGUCAUCCAGGAGAGGUCAAAGACACUGGAGAAGGAGGCCAGGGCACAAGGGAGGAGCCAAUCAGAAAUGACACAGAUGCUGAGCAAGAAGCAGCAGGAAGUGAAGACGGCCCUGGUGGUGCUGGAGAAGGAGGUGAACCUCAGGAAGGAGAAGCUCCAGGACGCCCUCCAGCUGCAGCGCUUUAAGGCAGACCAGCGCCCCCUGCUGGACUGGGUGUUACAGCACAGCUCUCAGAUGGAGCGGAUCGGCCUGCCCCAGAGCAAGAGUGAGGCAGAGAGAUUCCUCUCCCAGCACCAGGACAGAAAGGCGGAGAUUGAGGCUCGAGGAGAGCGAUUUGAUUCGCUGAGGAGCUUUGGGCGGAGUCUGAUGAAGGCGGGGCACAGUGCCGCCCCAGAGGUCCAGAAAGCCCUGACCCACCUGGACACGGCCAGAACCAGCCUGGACCAGAUCUGGCAGGACCGCAAACUGAGUCUGGAGCAGGCACUGGAGCUACAGGUGUUCCUGGGCAGUGUGGAGCAGUGUGAGAGGUGGCUCAGCAGUCAGGAGGCCUUCCUCUCCGAUGAAGACCUGGGAGGCUCUCUGGGGGAGGUGGAGGUUCUGCAGAGGAAGCAGGUUCUGUUUGAGCAGACCCUGGAGGCACAGAUGGAGCAGGUGGGAGGGGUGGAGCGCUUCGCCCAGCAGCUGGUCCAGAAACGGCACUAUGACUCCGACACCAUCCAGAGCAAGAGCACCGCUGUGCUGCUCAGGAAGAAGAAGCUGCUUCAGAGGAGUGAAGCUCGGCGGAGGGAGCUGGAGGAUUCUCUGCAGCUGCACACCUUCCUGGGGAGGAGCCACGAGGUGUGCUCCUGGCUGGGUGAGAGGAACACAGUGGCCCUGGAUGAGAGUUGGAGGGAUCCCACAAACCUGCAGGCCAAGCUGCUGAAGCACCAGAGCCUCGAGGCCCAGAUUCUGGCCAACCACAACCGGGUGGAGACCCUGACCAAGGAAGCAGAGGCGAUGCUGUCUGUCGGCCAUUUUGCGGCAGAGAGGAUCGGGGCUCGGCAGGAGGAGCUGCAGCUGAGCUGGGACCAGCUGCUGAACAACUGCAGGGAGAAGAAGAGCCGCCUGCAGCAGGCCUACCAGGCCCUGCAGUUCCAGCGGUCGCUGGAGGACAUGGAGGAGUGGCUGGUCUCCGUGGAGAAGGGUUUGGGCAGCGAGGACUGUGGGGCAGACCUGCCCUCGGUGGGGCGGAGGCUGAAGGAGCUGCAGGAGGUGGAGGAGCAGGUUGAGGCGCACCUGGAGCGGAUACAGGGCCUGGUGGACUCCGCCCAAGACUUCCGCAGUCAGGAGCACUUCCUGGCCCAGGAGAUCCAGUGCCGUGUGGGCGAGACUGUGCACAGGUAUAACAGUCUGGCGGAGCCCCUGCAGGAUCGGCGGGAGGCUCUGGAGUCCUGGCAGCUGCUGUUCCAGUUUUACCGGGACCUGGAGGACGAGCUGCUGUGGGUCAGAGACAAGCUCCCCGCGGCCCUGUCCAAGGACUGGGGCUCCUCCCUGUACAACACCCAGGCACUGGUCAAAAAGCAUCAGGCUCUGGUGGAGGAGAUGGGCAGUCGCAUUCCCCUGGUGCAGGCGGUGCAGGAGACUGGGCAGAGCCUGGUGAGGGGCAGCCAUUUUGACUCCAGGGAGAUUGGCGAGCGGCUGGGGGAGCUGAGGAGGCUGGUGGACUCUCUGAGGACGGAGGCCGAGAGCCGGGGCCGGCUGCUGCAGGAGGCCCUCCAGAUACAGACCUUCCUGGCUGAGGUAUCUGAGCUGGACCUCUGGGUGGAGGAGCGCAGGCCUGUUCUGGACUCUGUUGAUUUUGGGAAGAGUGAGGAGGCGACCCAGGCGCUCCUGCGGAAGCUGGACACCGUGGAUCUGGAUCUGGAGAGCCACCGCCCCAGAGUGGAGUCCCUGCAGGAGAGGGGCACCCAGCUGGAGCGAGUCGGACACCCCAACAGUGUUCUGGUCCGGGAUGCGCUGGAUGUGGCGGUGGAUCAGUACCACGCCCUGCUGCAGCUCUCUGAGGACCGGCGGGCCUCCCUGGAGGACCGCUUCCGGCUCUACGUGUUCGAGCGUGAGGCUCGAGAGCUUCAGACCUGGAUCAGCGCCCGCAGAACCCUGGCAGAAUCACAGGAGUACGGGCAGGACCUGGAGGACGUGGAGGUUCUGCAGAAGAAGUUUGAGGACUUCCGCUUGGAGCUGCAAGGCCUGGGCCAGGGCAAGGUCAGCACCGUUCUGCAGCUGGCGCAGGAAGUGAGGUCAUCAGAGAGCCAGCGGCGAGAGGCGGAGCUCCACAGACUGUGGGAGGAUUUGCAGCAGGCCGUGGAGAAGAGAGCAGAGAGUCUGCGGGCGGCGCGGGAGGUGCACCAGUUUGACCAUGACGUGGACGAGCUGAAGAGCAGGAUGGCGGAGAUGGAGGCAGCGCUGGACUCCGAGGACCACGGACACGACCUGCUGAGCGUGCAGGCGUUACUACGGCAACACCAGGCCCUGCAGAGGGAUCUGGCCGCGGUCGGGGAGGAGUUGGGGCAGACCCGAGAGGAGGGCAGGGCUCUGGGUCGCAGGCACGCCCAGGUGCAGCGGAGCCUGGCGGACAGACUGGAGGAGGUGGAGGAGGGGUGGAGCAGCCUGCGGAGGAAGGCGCAGCAGCGCAGCGAGAGGCUGAGCGAGGCCGAGACUGCGCAGACCUACCUCACCGACUCCCGAGAGCUAGUGGCGUGGCUAAAGGAGAGCCUGUCCCUGGUCAGAGGGGAGGGGCUUGGCGGGGAGGGCGGGGACCUGGAGCAGCUCCUCACGCGUCACGAAGAGUACCGCCUGCAGAUUGACAGGCAGCUGGACAAAUCACAGGCUGUGACAGAGGAAGGCCGCCGCCUGGUCGAGGGAGGGAACUUCCUGGGGCCGGAGGUGGAGGAGCGUCUGGAGGAGCUGCAGGCGCUGGGGCAGAGGCUGGAGCAGAGCUGGGAGGAGAGCAGGCUGCGCUACCAGGAGGACCUGGAGGCCCUGCGGCUGCAGCGGGAGCUCCAGGAGGCCGAGCGCUGGCUCAGCACUCACGAGGCUGCGCUGCGCUCCCAGGAGUACGGGGACUGUGUUCAGGAUGUGCUGGAGCUGAUGAAGAGGCAGGAGGACAUGGAAUCAACACUGCAGGCCCAGGAGGAGCGUUUCAGCGCUCUGCAGGAGAGGAGGACCCGGACGGAGCAGCGGCUGCAGGAGCCGCAGGGGAAGGAGGGUGUGUCCCGGGACAGGACUGCCAGGGUGCCCUCCCUGAGGAGGAAACCGUCUGACCUCGUCCGACCCCUCCCCACGCCGCGCGCCCCCGCCCACAAACCCCCCGCCCUCUCCCUGAGCCAGAGUGCCCCCCGCCGGGCCGGCAGCGACAUCAUCAUCUCCCCCCUCCGACGCUCCAUGAGAUCCUCCGCUGCAAAGAGCCCGGCCCCCAGCCCCGCCCCCGUCUCUAAGAGCCCCGCCCCCAUCUCUAAGAGCCCCGCCCCCAACGCCUCUGUCAUCUCCAAGAGCCCCGCCCCCAUCUCCAAGAGCCCCGCCCCUGUCCCCAGCCCCAGGGCCCAGCCUGUACAGAGGCACUCUCUCAGGCUGUCCUCUGCCCCCACUGAGAAGCCCAGCAUCCGGCCCAAACCUCCCCUACUUCCCCCUGCCUCCCCACCCCCAACCUGCAGAGCCCCCACUGCCUCCACCCCCACACCCCCAACCUGCAAAGCCCCCACACCAUCCAACCUGCCCGCUGUGGAUUCCAGCUCCUCUGAUGAAUCUGAGGAGGCCACGCCCCCAACCGACAUGCCCCGCCCCUCCUCUCCUCCAGCCCUGCCCACAGCAACACCAGUCACGCCCAGCACUGGGCCCCCCCUCACUGAACCCCCUGCCCCCCCCUCCAGAGACCUCCCACCCCCUCCUGUGCGCUCACGGCAGAAAGAGAGUGACCACUCAGAGAGGACCCCCGCUGAGCCUCCCACAGUGCCCCAGGAAGUGGAAGAUACCCAUCUGAUGAAUGGAACCCUAGAGAUUAAGCUUAAACCAGGAGGGAGCAAAGGUUUGGAUCCGUGGGAGGCUGUGUUUGCAGUUCUGGAGGAAGAAACACUCCGACUGUACCAGGAUCAGACUGCAGCUGCACAGGGGGGGUCUCGCUGGCCCCCCAUCAGCAGGGUGGGCUCGGUGUGCAGGGAGGUCCCGCACUACAGGAGGAAGGAGCACGUCUUCAAACUAAUUCUGGGAGACGGGAGCCAGUACCUGUUCGCGGCUCCGAGCCGCGUGCUGCAGCAGCAGUGGGUGGAGAAGCUGCAGGGCGGAGCCUCUCCUGACCCCACCCCUGACCCCGCCCAUGGCCCCACUCCAGGCCACACCCCCCAGGCUGACAGGGAGAGCGCAGCAGCAGGACAGAGAGGAGGGGAGAGUGGGGCAGGCAGGUCUCAGACUGAGGCCCCACACACAGACCCCUCCCGGGCCGAAUCACACCUGGAGACAGCAGGACUGGAGGAAGGUGCAGAGGGGAGUAAGACUGACAGGGAGCCCCCCCCGAAACCCCCACACACCUAUUACAACAAACACCGCUACCCCUCCGGCCAAUCAGAGUCCCUCCCCCAGAGGAUGCUGCCGCCCACAGCCCUGCCCCCGGCUCCCCCCGACUCCUCACUGGAAGGCGGAGCCAAAGAGAAGCCAAAGAGCAAGAGCGUGUUUAAGAAGCUCUUCAAGAUGUGAGGGGGGCGGAGCCUGGACUGCAACAGGAAACAGGAAGUCCUGCUGCUGCACUCUUGUGAACGGUGGGACAGCGAGCUCAGGAAAUGCAUGGAGCAGAAACGGGCCGGUUCAGAGGCUGAAAAACAGGCCUGUGCAGGCUGAGAGACAAUCCAAGUAUGACAUAACGCCUAAGAUUAAUAUGAGCGAUAGAGUGAAUUCAUCCAUCAUGCUUUUUUAUGAUAACAAUUUUCUUUAAGAAUGUUCUAUGCAGCAGAAUUUUUUACGUGAUCAUUGUUCCUGUUAUAGUGUUUUUUUUAAUUAUUUUGUCAAGAUUGAAUGUGAUUCCAACAAGAAAAUCCACCCCAUUCAUUUAAUUCUCUUUUAUUGAUAUUCCUCAAUUAAUAGUUUGUUUGAGCAAAUUCUGUGCUUUUUUAAAUAAAUCUGAACAUUCUGCCAA